AUCCCAUCACAACUGUUUUCGAGCGUCCGUCCGUGUCUGUCUAUCUCUCCCUUGUUCGCAAAUCUAUGGCCAAUGAUGUGUCCAUCUGAUCCACUGGCUCGCGCCGAAAAACACUUGUGCAGCGGUGCGCAAACGAACUAUCAUCAAAGAAGAGCAGAUUUAGGCUCUGAAUCCUCUGAAUCCAGUCAUUGAGACGAAGACAUUCUCCAAUAAUUUCUCCUGACUGGGCCAAGAUUCUUUCCUCCAUCUCCAUAUCACCAAUCCUUCCCGCAAAGCUAGACCGGCAACUCCAGGAGUUGACCAAGAUCCGAGGCCUGCUCUUCGGUCGCCUUACCCGCUUCUCACGCGUCAUCCACGGUCACCGCUACACAGCAGCUGAGCUCGAGUGGAGAAUCCUCGUUCUUCUCUCCUUGGUUGGCUUGAUGUGGCGAGGCCGAGGAGCUCGCUUCGAAUGAGAGUGUUCUACAGAACACGGACAAGUAGUUCUCUCCCGCCCAGUGGGAGAACGACGUACGCACGUAUGAGGCUUUUAAGGCCAGUCUGAGCUCGGUCCAACCGAUGGCUGUCCAGCUGUUUCGACUUGAACUUCAGUUCAAUGUGAGACGUCAAGCAGCGUGCGUCGAGCAUCACUUCUAUCAUCUUGGUCGUGGUUUCAUUUAGCUGACGAGAUUCAGGUGGUGGAGGCUCUAUCUCAGUAUCAUCAUCGUCUCAUCGUCCACACACUGUUUGGUAAGGUUAGUGAGGCCUGGAUUAGAUCCAAACUGAAGAACGAGCCGGUUGGAUGAGUUGUAAAGUGGUGGAAAAUGAAAUAGUGAUUCGCCAACGGAAGGGUCUUGACAACAUGAUGACCCCUCGACGACGUGCAUGUGUGAGUGAGCAGUAUUCAUGAUGAAAACGAGACUUGGCAAGGUCUAGUUCUUGGUCUUUAUAGACCCUUCAAAGGCCUACCUUCCAUGCACAAUGAGAAGGAAACGAAGUAAACUCUGGCCUUGGUGGUCAGUAGGCCUUGUGGCGACGUUGUUUGGGAUAUCCAUCCCACCACCCGCCAAUGGGGAACCCAGUUGUUCAUUGGCCGACGACGAGACGUCUAUUGUUUGUCAGAUGAGGACGUUAAACUCGCAGAAUUCGUCCCGAUUUGGUGUGGAGCCGGACUUGGUCACGAUCCGGGUCCGUUGCUCAGAUGUGUUCUUUUAUGAGUCCUUUCUGAAGACAAAUCAUUUCGGAUACUUGCCUAAUCUAAUCAAUCUCGAGCUCGAAUUUUGUAAGAUUCGCAAGGUGCCUUCUUUAGCCUUUUCGGGGCUAAGCAACCUCGAGAGCCUCACGAUUUGUACCCAUAACUCGGAAUGGUCCGCCAUGAUGAUGGAACUGGAAAAGGACGCUUUUACAGGUCUGAACCAACUGAAGCAGCUAAAUCUGACGCAAAACAAUUUGUGGACGCUUCCAGAAUCUGUCUUUUGCUCAUUGGACAGUCUCGAGUCGCUAAACUUGUCGAGCAAUUACUUGCAAGACGUCAUGGAUCUUGGUUUUGCAUCACAAGAUUUACGGUCUUGCCGGCUGCCUCUUGAAACGCUUGAUCUCUCCCACAACAGCCUCACCAUCGUUCCAACCACUGCUUUUGGACAGCUGGUCAGGUUAAAGACCCUUGUUUUAAGUGGAAACAACCUCAAUAUUCUCGAGGACGAAGCUUUCACUGGCCUUGGAACAUUACAAAAGCUGGACUUGGCCAACAACGAAUUGGUGGCUUUGCCGCCCGAUACGUUUCGAGAGAUGAAACACCUGCGCGAGCUUUAUCUUCAAAACAAUUCUCUCACCGCCCUGGCCCCAGGGAUAUUUUCCAAUUUGGAGGGACUCGUGCUCUUGAACCUCUCUCGGAACGAUAUCACCAAUGAUUGGCUCAACUCCGACGCCUUCUCGGCCUUGCAUCAGCUGAGGGCGCUCGAUCUAUCGCACAACCAAUUAACUCGAUUGGACUCGAACCUAUUUCGAGGCAUGUCCUCUCUGAAGAUACUCAAUCUGGAGCACAAUCGGAUCCUCUCGGUGGAGGCCAAUACAUUCCAGCACCAGGCCCAUCAUCUGCAGAUCCUCUAUUUGUCCUACAACCGUUUGGAGAACCUCCAUCCCAAAGCUAUACACAGCCUGCCAUUCCUCAACUCCCUUUCGCUUGAUCAUAACCAAUUGCGGAGUCUGCACAGGAAUGCCUUGAAAAAUUGCUCCACUCUGCAAGACUUGGCGUUGCACAACAACCGCUUGCAAGAUAUUCCCAAAUCGGUCAGAUCAUUGCCACUCCUCCGCACUCUAGACUUGGGAGGAAAUGGCAUCAAAGCGGUGAAGAAUGAUUCCCUGAAAGGACUCUCUCAUCUAUAUGGGCUUCGCCUGGCCCAAAAUGGAUUAGAGCACAUACACCUCGGAGCCUUCAACUCGGUUCCCAAACUUCAAGUACUCAAUCUAGCCAGCAACAAUAUCGAGAAGGAGAAUUUGCAUGAGAAUGUCUUGUUCCCCCUCACCGAGCUGAGAGUUUUGCGUUUGGACAAUAACCACUUGGUGGAUAUCAAUGGCUUGCUUCAAGCUCAAUCCGAGUUACUCUGGCUAAACGUGUCAUCCAAUCGAUUGCAAUGGUUCGAUUAUGCCUCGAUCCCGAAGUCAUUGCGAUGGUUGGACUUGCAUGAGAACCAGUUAGAAGAUCUGGGAAAUUACUUCUCUCUCAAAACUGGCUUCAGCUUGGAUACUCUGGACGCCAGUCAUAAUCGGAUUAGUCGAAUUGGUCCCUUUUCGAUCGUGGACAGUCUCCAGACUGUGUUUUUGAAGGGGAACCAGAUCACGACCAUCGAGGCCAACAGUUUCGGUGAAAAUGCAAAUCUCCGACGAGUCGAUCUGUCAGAAAACGAGAUCAGACACCUCCAAAUCUCCGCCCUAAGUGUCUAUAUGGAGAGCUUCUCAUCUGCAUCAUCAGCAUCAGCAUCCCCUUCAAAGUCGAUAUCUUCAUCUGCGAAAUCAUCAUCAACGCUCGGCGGAACGGAUUCGAGCAAGUCAAACGUCAAUUCGGAAGAUGGAAAAACCUCAUUUAAAGGCGAUCAAGGAGAGCGGGGAGAUCGAGCAAACAAUGUCCAUUUUGAUCAUCAAGCCGAGUUUUUCUUGGCAGGCAAUCCCCUCCUUUGUGAUUGUGAAAUGGAAUGGCUCCAAAAGAUUAACCAGGUCUCGCUGAAGCGAGGCUAUCCCCGGGUCAUGGACCUGGACAACAUUCAAUGUGAGCUCAACAACAAGCAUCCCAACCAGAGUGUGCAGACCCAAGUGCCCAUCUUGAGUGUCCGACCGGAAGAGUUUGUCUGCGAAUACCAAGCCCAUUGCUUCGCUCUGUGCAUGUGCUGUGAUUUUUUUGCCUGUGAUUGCCGAAUGCAAUGCCCGGGUGGAUGCUCUUGUUUCCACGACUCGGCCUGGUCUUCGAACAUCAUUCAGUGCUCGAUGCGAGGUCAUCUCGAGAUUCCUCCGCUCAUUCCCAUGGACGCCACCACGAUCUACUUAGAUGGCAACAAUUUCACAGGCACCCUCGAGAGUCAGGCGUUUAUUGGCCGUAAACGGGUGCUGGCCCUCUAUCUGAAUCACAGUCAAAUUGAAGCCAUCAACAAUCAAACCUUUAACGGGCUGACAGAGUUGGAAGUGCUACACCUGGAAGACAAUUUCAUCGGUCGGUUGGAGGGCUACGAGUUUGGCAAUCUCACCUCGUUGCUAGAGCUCCAUCUGCAAAACAAUCGUCUCAUCUUUAUUCAUGACCAAAGUUUUUCCUCUCUGGUCUCAUUGGAGGUGCUUCAUCUCCACGGGAAUCUCCUCAAGACCUAUCCACUUUGGAGUCUUCAAACAUUGCCCCAGUUGGCCCAUGUGUCAUUGAGCGAGAACCCCUGGAGCUGCGAGUGUGAGUUUGUGCAGCACUUCCAAGAGUUUGCCCGUUCCAGCCGUGUCAUCGCGGAUGUGCAUUUGGUUCAGUGUUAUACGGAUAACCAGAAGGUCUACUUAAACCAGAAUGUCACUUGCUCCGAUGCACUGGCCGUGACCUCGUCCAAUUCACAUUCCAAUUCUAGUGGUGGGGCCUUCUUCAAUGUUGGAGAGAACCAUGGCCUGAUGAAUAUCAUCCCCGUUUUAGUCGGUAUAAUCGCGCUCUGCGUGAUGAUUGUGUGCUCAAGUCUUGUGAUUUUUGUCUUCCGUACUCCCUUGCGAGUUUGGCUCCACUCCAAGUAUGGGAUUCGUGUUUUGGAGCCAUGUCGAAAGUCUUCACAAGAUAAGCCCUACGAUGCCUUCCUAAGCUAUUCUCUUAAGGACGAGGACUUUAUCCAGCAGAUUCUCGUGCCUCAUUUGGAGCAAAGUGAACCCGGCUACAAACUAUGUCUACAGCACAGGGAUCUGCCAAACACGAGCUCCAUUUCCGACACGUUCCCGAGUGUGGCUCAGCUCUGCGCCAAACAUGUCCUCUUGGUCUCUCGGGCCUAUCUGGAAUCCGAAUGGAUCCAUAUCAAGUUCGCCCUUCAGGACUCGCCCAAACUCCUUUUCAAACCUGUGAUCAUUUUGUUGGAGGAACUUACCUCGCUCGACUUGGCAGCUGCCCCCGAAUUCAAUCUCCUUCUCAAGACAGUGGUUGUGCUGCGCUGGAACGAGGCUGGCUUUUGGAACAAACUGCGGUAUUUCCUGCCCGAUAGUUAUAGCAAGUAUAAAUCAAAUAUUAUUUCCCCUGGUGCUAUCGCCUCCCCCUCGUCUCUACAUUGUUCGAAAGCCUCGCCAAGGACAAAUCACCCCUCUUCCUCGUUGGUCCAAUCGUCCGAUUGGUACGAUGCUGUGAUAACUUCCAAUGACUCCUCCACGUCGACGCGGUCCACCAUCAUGGGUGGAUCGCCACGAGACCAGAGCGCCAGUGCCACCGUUCCUGUCCAAGUGGUGGCCAAUCCUAUGAUGAUGGAGCAUUGGGCCCCGUCCGAGGGAUCGGAGAGUGCCUACUCAUGGAAUGACCACACUUACCAAACCAUUCCACAUCCCCAGCAGCAGGACGGUGGUCAGAACUCAACCCGUCAGAAUCAUACCAACCACUCCAGACAAAUCUAUCAUAACUUGGAUGAUAGUGAGCACUUGGGCUCGGUGGAUGUGAUGCUGCCCAAUGGUCGGAUGGUUCCCGCCACGCUCGUCCGGAACCCCAUGGGCAAGAUUGUUCCGGUGGUUCAAGUGGAUACCGUGUCGCCCCGGCAACACAACCACCACACCAACCAUCGACCUCCCACCGAUUUGGAGGAGAAGCAACCGCUUCGUCACCAAGAGGUGACCUUCCCUCGCACGGUGGUCUAUAGACAUCAGAACCAGACUCAGUUUGGCCCGAGUAGCGGUGGUCACCUGGUGUAACCAGAGAAAUGGCUUCCUUCACUUGAUCCUAUCAGUGAAAUGUGGGUUCUCCUUCCUUACUUUUGUCUUGAAGAAAUGGUGGAAACCAUUGUUAAAAUUGCUGGCUGUGUUUUAGUCCCAUACCCCUUC